AUGGCUUCCAAGAGAAGAUCUUGUAAAAAUAAACCCGACGUAUUUUGCUAUAUCUGCGGUGAAUACACACUUGUUCAUAACAGGAAUCAAGUCACAUGUUUCAUAAAGCGUGCUUACCAUGCUUAUUUUGGUAUUAAACUUGGUGACCAGGAUAAAGAUUGGGCGCCACACAUGGUAUGCAAGGCUUGCACCGUGUAUCUGCGUCAGUGGACCAAGGGCAAGAAGACGUGUCUGAAGUUUGGAAUUCCCAUGGUUUGGCGGGAGCAGAGAAACCAUGACACUGACUGCUACUUCUGUAGCAUCGAUCUGACUGGGAUAAACAGAAAGAACCGAAGCAGCCUCGAGUAUCCUGAUUUGCAAUCCGCACGUCGUCUUGUAGCUCAUUGUGAUGAUAUUCCAGUACCUGUGUUUCACAAACUUCAAGACAUCAGUGAUGACGAAUCCUCCAGUGAUGAAGAUCAGGAAACAGAAGAAGAAUGGCCAGUUGUUGACGAUGAAACUCCACAGCUUUUUUCCCAACAGGAGCUAAAUGAUCUAGUUUGCGACCUCAGCUUGUCAAAGGCCUCUGCUGAACUGUUGGCAUCCAGAUUGAAAAAAAACCUCCUCUCUGGCUGUGCUCGCAUCACCCUGUACCGCAACAGGCAUCAAGAGUACCUCCAAUUUUUCUCGGAGGUGCAGGACUUGGUGUACUGCACAGAUAUUGCACAGCUUCUGCACCACCUGGGAGUGCCGCAGUACAAGCCCGAAGACUGGAGACUGUUCAUUGACAGCAGCAAGCGGUCACUGAAAUGUGUUCUACUGCACAACGGCAACCAGUUUGCCUCUGUGCCCCUUGCUCACUCUACUAAACUGAAGGAGAAGUAUGAAGCGGUGAAGUAUGUGCUGGAGAUGAUUCGUUAUGAUCAGCAUAAGUGGGUUAUUUGUGUCGACCUGAAGAUGGUGAAUUUUUUGUUGGGGCAACAAUCCGGGUUCACCAAAUACCCAUGUUUUCUGUGCAUGUGGGACAGUAGGGACACUGCUCACCAUUACACGAAGAAGGACUGGCCUGUGCGAGAGGAACUAGUGCCUUGCAGAGCAAGUAACGUUAUCAACAGCCCUCUGGUGGACAGAGACAGGAUACUCUUCCCACCACUGCACAUCAAGCUUGGCUUGAUCAAGCAGUUCACAAAAGCUCUAGACAAGGAAGGUGGCUGCUUCAAUUACAUGUGCCAGACAUUUCCGGGAGUAACCAUAGUGAAGUUAAAAGCUGGUAUCUUUGACGGUCCUCAAAUCCGUCGGCUCAUCAGAGAUCCAGAGUUUGAAAAGUCAAUGAACAAAAAUCUUGGAUCAAUGAGCGACGAGCAGGGAGAGAGAUUCCACCAGGAGAUGAAGGAGAUGGAGACCAGGUAUCAGGGACGUUGGAAUGCCGUCAUGAUGGCUGAUUACUGCUGGACUCUAAAGAGAGACAUCCCUGAUGCUGAGCAUUCCAGGGUAUCCAAUAAACGGAAGUUCCAGCCCUAA